CACAACAGCAGCAGCCGCAAUGGCCGUCAAAAACAAGUACUCGGUGCUUCUCCCCACCUUCAAUGAGCGCAAGAACCUGCCCAUCAUCGUCUGGCUGCUGAACAAGACCUUUACGGAAAACUCCCUCGACUGGGAAGUCAUCAUCAUCGACGACGGCUCUCCCGACGGAACCCAAGAUGUCGCCAAACAGCUCAUCUCCGCCUACAACACCAAAUCCCAACAACGCAUCGUCCUCAAGACCCGCACGGGCAAACUCGGUCUGGGAACCGCCUACGUCCAUGGCCUCCAAUUCGCCCAAGGAAACUUUGUCAUCAUCAUGGACGCAGACUUCUCCCACCACCCCAAAUUCCUUCCCCAGAUGAUCCAAAAGCAAAAAGAGGGCGACUGGGAUAUUGUCACGGGCACACGAUAUGCCGGCGACGGAGGAGUGUUUGGAUGGGAUUUGAAGAGAAAGAUGGUCAGUCGCGGAGCGAAUUUGUUCGCGGAUACCGUGUUGCGACCGGGAGUGAGUGAUUUGACGGGCAGUUUCCGAUUGUACAAGAAAGCGGUGCUGCAAGAGGUCAUCAACAGGACCGAAUCCAAGGGUUACACUUUCCAGAUGGAGAUGAUGGUCCGCGCAAAAGGGAUGGGAUUCCGUGUUGCGGAGGUCCCCAUCAGUUUUGUGGAUCGCGUCUAUGGAGAGUCCAAGUUGGGAGGAGAGGAAAUUGUCGAAUAUCUCAAAGGGGUGUUGAGUCUAUGGGUCAAAGUCUAGGUCCUGUCUGUCCAGGCCAUCUGCAUGGGAUGGGAGAAGAGAAGAAUUGGGGAACUUGUUGAUCAUUAUCAUUACAGCGUGGCGUUUGGGGAAAGGUGGAUGGAUGGAUGGAUAUAUGCACCUCAGUACCUCAGUGAGUAGUAGUAGUAAUAGUAGUGAAGUACGGAUACUAUCUACUACACUAUACUUACACACCAGAGGUGAGGGAGCAAGCCCAAAUCAAAAGUAGACCUUCAAACAGCAGCAGCAGCUAGGCUUCGUGUAUACAAAUGAAAAUUCUAC